UCAUGAUAUACCUACAAGGAGGUCCCGGCAAGUCGGGCACGUUCGGACAGUUCCUGGAGGUCGGGCCUCUGGGCGUCAACUCGGACGGGAUCCUCUACCGGAGGCCGCACACCGUCCAGAAGAUGUUCAACGUCAUCUUCCUCGACCAGCCGGCCGGGUCGGGCUUCAGCUUUACCAAGUCGCCGUUGGGCUACGCGCGCAGCAUCGACGACUGCGUGGCGGGCGUACGAGAGUUCCUCAGGCAGUUUCUGCUGUUGUACCCGGAGAACAGGAACCGUGAACUGUACGUCGCCGGCGAGAGUUAUGGAAGUCGUGGAGCCGUAGCCCUGGCUCAUAGCCUCAUGACGAAUCCGGAUCCCGGCCUACCGCUCAAGGUGUCCGGCGUGAUUGCUGGGUCUCCAGUCUUCGGCUGCGUCCUAGACCUCAUGGACUCCGCCGACACGCUGUACCACUUCGGCAUGUUCGACGCCAAUGGGCGCGAUAUGUUCGCACAGGCGAUGCACCGCAUCCGCCAGCUGUGGACCACCAACCGCGCCGUGGCGCUGGACCUGCUUAGCCACACCAUCUUCGGGCUACACCAUUCAGCCAGCCUCUUCGCUAACCUGACCGGUUACAGUGACCACGCGAGCCUGUUUAGCGACGAGAGGCCCCAGGAGUUCAUUCACUACUAUCGGUACAUGCAGAAGCCGCUGUUCAAGAAAUCUCUGCACCUUAAUUCCCAGGCCACAGUGGACAGUAACCGGCUGCUGGUCAUGCUCUACCUUGCCGAUGACUACAUCGUCGACCUCCGAGAAAAAGUCGAAUACCUACUCGACGCUACGAAAAUGCUGGUCUUCUCUGGGCAACUAGACACAGUGGUCCCCGCGAUCAAGCAAGAGAAACACUUGCUGUCGCUCAAUUGGACUGGAACAGCGGCAAUGAGAAAGGCAGCCAGGAGACCCUUGUAUGUAUCUGGACCCGGUUCGAGACUUGUAGGCUACGCCAAAACGACAAAGGACCUCACAUACGUGGUUAUGGCUCGCUCGGGGCACCACGUGCUGUUCGAUGCCUCCGAAGACGUGUGCAAUAUGAUCGAACGCUUUGUGACCGGCGUCGACGUUGUGAACUUUAGGAGAAAAGUGUUAGGCGUGAAUUAGAGUUCUUAACAUUGCGGCCAGUUUUGACAGUAGGAAUGCAGGAAUGCCUUUAAACAUGAGUGGCCUCAUCGAUUAUUGCUAAUAAAUCGAAUGCAGGUGAGGCAGCAUUCCUUCUGAGGGCUUGUGAGACAUUCUACAUUGGACAGUCAACGUGAGGGUCAAUGAGGCUCAAUGUACCACGUGUUGAGAUUAUGAAUGCCACGACAUUUGGCCUAGUCAUUAUGAACCAGUAGAUACGUGAUUGGAUAGGAAAGAUUCAGCCGCCACGCAACGUUUAUGUAUAAAUUAAGCGAUUUAUUUCAUUAAUGUUUAUUAGAGCACAGUGUAUAUGCGAUGAACGCGAACAAUACCAAGAUAUAGUAAUGUAGACAAAGAAUGCUAUCACAUUCACUUUAUUCCCAAAACCACCGUCGCAACAGACAUUGAC